CCGGUCUCCUCCCCCUGUUGAAAGCUGCCCGGGAAAGUGGUGGCGGGAGAGGGCCUGGGCCCGAGCGCCGUGGGCCUGGAUGCGGGUCGUGAGGCACAGGAGGGUGGCCAAAAUGACGGCCCCGGAUGGGAGCCCCCUCGCGCCGCUCUUGGAGACUUUGGAAGAUCACUCCGCCUCCUAUGGAGAGCAGACUGACGCGUACCUUACUCUGACAAGUCGUAUUACUGGAGAAGAUGGAAAAGAAGUCAUUGUAGAAAUUGAGAACAAACUUCCUCGGCUAUACGAAGUUUUAAAGAUUCAUAUUUCUAGUCAAAACUCAGAGCUCAGUUGUGCUGCUCUACAAGCCUUGGGAUUUUGCUUAUAUAAUCCCAAAAUUACCUCAGGAUUAUCAGAGAAAAAAAUUCAAGAACUGCUUUCAAAAUUGAAUGAUAUUGUUAAGAGUUCAGACAAAAAUGUAUGUACUAGGGCUCUUUGGGUGAUAUCCAAGCAGACAUUUCCCACUGAAGUUGUUGGCAAAGUAGUGUCCAGUAUAAUUGAUUCAUUAGAAGAAGUAUUUAGUAGAGGAGAGAUGCAUUCUGCUGUUGUUGAUUAUGAAGCAUUAAAUGUCAUCAUAAGGCUAAUUGAGCAAGCCCCAGUUCAAAUGGUAGAAGAGUCAGUUAGGUGGGCAAAACUGGUCAUACCUUUAGUUGUUCAUUCAGCCCAAAAGGUACACUUGCGGGGAGCCACUGCUUUAGAGAUGGGAAUGCCCUUGUUGCUUCAGAAACAACAAGAAAUAGCAUCUAUCACAGAGCAGCUUAUGACUACUAAGUUACUUUCAGAACUCCAAAAGCUAUUUAUGAGUAAAAAUGAGACUUAUGUUUUAAAAUUAUGGCCUUUGUUUGUCAAGCUUCUUGGGAAGACCUUGCAUCGAAGUGGGAGUUUUAUUAAUGCCCUGUUACAGCUGGAAGAACUGGGAUUUCGUAGUGGAGCACCAAUAAUUAAAAAAAUAGCUUUUAUUGCUUGGAAGAGUUUAAUAGAUAAUUUUGCAUUAAAUCCAGAAAUACUAUGUAGUGCGAAAAGAUUGAAGUUGUUAAUGCAGCCUUUGAGUUCCAUCCAUGUGAGAACAGAAGCUUUAGCACUAACAAAACUAGAAGUCUGGUGGCAUUUGCUAAUGAGACUUGGACCUCAUCUUCCUGCUAAUUUUGAACAGGUUUGUGUGCCCCUGAUUCAGAGCACAAUAUGCAUUGAUACUACUCCUUCACCUCAUUCAUCUCGUGUAGCUACUUCUCCAGUCCUAAAUCCUAUGACCCCUCAACAUAAAGGUGCUUCCCCAUAUGGAGCCUCUGUGACCCCCCGGAUGAACUUGAGUUCAAAUUUUGGUGCAAUGGCCACAAUCCCCUCUAUUCAGCUUUUAGGACUUGAAAUGUUGCUUCAUUUUUUUUUGGGUCCAGAAGUCUUGAGUUUUGCUAAGCAAAACAAACUUGUACUGAGCUUAGAGCCACUCGAACAUCCGUUAAUCAGCAACUCUUCUUUUUUUUCCAAAUAUGCAAAUACACUUAUCACUGCUGUUCAUGAUAGCUUUGUUGCAGUUGGAAAAGAUGCUUCUGAUGCAGUUGUCAGUGCUAUUUGGAAGGAGCUAAUUAACUUAGUGAAGUCAGUUAUUGAAUCAGGUAACAAAAGAGAGAGACCAGGUUCUGAGGUUUUGACCCUCUUAUUAAAAUCUUUGGAAACCAUAGUGAGAUCGGAAGUAUUUCCUGUAUCAAAAACACUGGUGCUCAUGGAAAUUACAAUUAAAGGACUUCCUCAGAAAGUGUUAGGUUCACCAGCAUAUCAGGUUGCUAAUAUGGACAUUCUUAAUGGAACUCCUGCUUUGUUCUUAAUUCAGUUAAUUUUCAACAAUAAUCUUUUGGGAUAUGGUGUAGAAGAUGAAAGGUUUUUUCUUAAUCUGGAAAUACUUGUAGGUUGUGUUCUUUCUGGUCCAACUUCACCACUAGCUUUCAGUGAUUCUGUUUUAAGUGUUAUUGAUCAAAAUGCAAAGCAGUUGGAGAACAAGGAACAUCUCUGGAGAAUGUGGAGUAUUAUAGUCACCCCAUUAACUGAAUUGAUUAAUCAGACCAAUGAAGUAAAUCAAGGUGAUGCCUUAGAACAUAAUUUUAGUGCCAUCUAUGGUGCAUUGACUUUACCGAUAAAUCAUAUUUUUUCAGUACAGAAAUUUCCAGUGGCCACCAUGAAAACCUUACUUAGAGCUUGGUCGGAAUUAUAUAGAGCAUUUGCCCGUUGUGCUGCUUUGGUGGCAACUGCAGAAGAGAAUUUGUGCUGUGAGGAGCUUUCUUCCAAGAUAAUGACCUGUUUGGAAGAUGAAGACUCUUCAAAUCUAUUAUUUUUGGAUAGAACCAUUAAUAUUAUUACGGUAAUGGUUGAUUGCAUCGACUUCUCACCAUAUGAUAUUAAAAUUCAAUCCAGAGUUAAAUCACUGAAGAGACCUUCAGAUUGGUCCAAAAAGAAGAAGGAGCCUCUGGGGAAAUUGGCUUCUUUAAUUAAACUUAUUGUGAGAGUCAUCUAUUCUUUUCACACUCUGAGCCUCAAGGAAGUACAUUCUGAUACUCUCCUCGCUAUUGGCAACUCAAUCACCAGUAUUCUUUCCAAUGUACUUGGACAUAUUUCUUUGCCUUCCAUGAUUCGAAAAAUAUUUGCAACUUUAACAAGACCUCUGGCACUAUUUUACAAAAACUCAAAGCUUGGUGAAGUUCCUAAAGUGUAUGGUUGUAUGAACAAUAAGUUAGAAAAGCUACUAGGAGAAAUGAUUACUUGUCUACACUUCAGCUAUACUGGAACUUAUGACAGUGAACUUCUUGAACAGCUCUCUCCAUUAUUAUGCAUAAUGUUUUUGCACAAGAAUAAACACAUUCGAAAACAGAGUGCUCAGUUCUGGAAUGCCACAUUUGCUAAAGUGACGAUGUUGGUUUAUCCUGAAGAGUUAAAACCAGUUCUGAGAGAAGCCAAACAAAAAAUUUUGCUUCUGUUGCCUGGUUUUGAAAACGUUGACAUUUUGGAGGAAUCCAGUGGACCAUAUUCCGAUGCAACAGAAAAUUCACAAUUAAGUAUGAAGAUAAGUGGCAUGGACAGAAAGUCAAGUGGAAAAAGAGAUGCUUUUCUGACACAGCCAAAGGGUACAAAAGAAAAGAUGAAAUCACCAGUCAACUUGAAACUAGAAUCUUCGUCCCCCAAAACAAAGAGUGAAAUGCCUUUGGAAGAAGAAAAGUCUAUUGAGUUUGUGUUUAUACCUCCAGAAGGAAAAGAAGCAAAGGAAAGAAUACUAACUGAACAUCAGAAAGAAGUACUCAAAACAAAGAGGUGUGAUAUUCCUGCCAUGUAUAAUAAUUUGGAUGUUUCACAAGAUGCAUUAUUUUCUCAGUAUACUCAGGAAGAGUCUAUGGAAAUUCCUGGUUUACCUGAAAAAUCAAAGGAAGAUUCCAAGAUAAUACUUAAGGAGGAACAAAUGAAGAGUGACAUUGCCAUUACUCAAGAUGUUACCGAAAACUGUGGUAUGGAAGAACAUCUUGAAAAGACUUCCCUUUCAAAUAAUGAAUGUGGUUCUGUUGAAGAGAUCAGUCUAGGAAUACUGAGCAAUAAUGAUGAUGCCAGGAAAAAGGCUUUAAUUUCAUCAAAGAAAAUGUCGACUGAAUGUGCAUCCAGUGCAGAAAACACUUCUGUUGCCAGCAGUAGUAGCUCAGUUUCUAAGGCUACCAUUUCUGGAACACUACUACAGCCUACAAGUCGAAGGCAAAACUUCAUUACUUUGGAGAAGUUUGAUAGUUCAGAAAACAGACCUUUUAGUCUGUCCCCCUUGAAUAAUGUGACAUCAACUGUUACAGUGAAAAAUAACCAAGAAGGCAUGACUAAAACAGACAUUCCACUAAAAGCAAAGAAAAGAGAAGUGGCUCUUUCAAGAUCUGAUUCUGAAAAAAUAGUGCACGGGAAUAAGCGAACAGGCCUAAGGUCCAGUAAAGCUGAACAAACAGGGAAUAAAAGAUCUAGGCUGUUAAUGAGAUCUGAUCAGGAGAAAAAUACACAGGAAUCAAUUGAAGACGUGGUAACCUUAGAAAAUAACACAACUGGUUUGCUUAAUCAAACAGAAUGUGUGUUAGAUAAUCAGGGUUACCUCUCUGAACCUGCAGUGGAACGUGAAGAUGCAAUGCUUAAACCAACAAUAGAAAAUGCUUUAUCAGAAAAUAGUACUGUAGAGGAGAAAACCUUUGGAAGUAAUUUGGAAUCCAAAGAAAAUACACCCCCAGCCAUAAUACCAUCGGAUCAAAUAGUAAAUGAAGAUAGUCAUGUUCAGAUAACUCCUAAUCAGAAGACCCUUAGACGAUCUUUAAGGAGACGUUCAGAUAUAUCAGAGGCUACCGCUGAUAGCCAAGAUAAAGAAAAUAAUCACCAAAAAAAGGAAAAACGUAAGGAAGAAGAAAAGACUCCCCAGAAGAGUCCAUUACAUGUAAAAGAUGAUGUGUUACCUAAGCCAAAAGUGACUCCUGAACAAAGUGUACAGGAAAAUUUAACUGAGAAAGAUAAUUUACAUCAGAAGACUUUUGGGGAAACUAGCACUAAUGUUGAAAUUGACAAAAAUAGAAGAAAACUAGACCUUGAAAAUAUUAAGUCUGAGGGAGAUACUACUACCCAGGACAAUACAGAUAAGUCCUUUGAGAAACCAGUAAGGGGACGAACACGAUAUCAAACAAGAAGAGCAUCCCAGGGUUUACUUUCCAGCAUCGAAAACUCUGAAUCUGAUAGUUCUGAGGCAAGGGAAGAAGGUUCUAGAAAGAAGAGAUCUGGAAAAUGGAAAAACAAAAACAGUGACAAUGUUGACAUUGACGAUAAAGAAGAGAAAAUAGAAAAACAAGAAUGUGUAAAAAUUGAAAAUCAGACACAUGAUUAUAAAGCAAGUUCUGAGGUGGACAUAAAAUCUCAGAUUUGUGAAAAAGAUGAAAGUAAUACUGUAGCUCUUAAAGAUUCUGUUCUACCUUCAGAUGUAUUGCAAGCUUGUGAUCUAUCAAAUACUUACGAAGGAAAAAAUAAGAUGAACAAAUGUGAAGAACUUUCCUUUUCAAAUUCUUCUGUAUCAGAGUUAAAUCUAAGGACUAGAAAUGCCAAUAAGAGAUUACAUAAGCAAGAUUCCAUAGAAAAUAACAAUGUGGAAGAAUGCUCAAAACUAGGGGUGUUGGACAUUUCUUUGGCUUCUGAAAAAAGUUUUCAAGCACCUGAGUGCCGACACAAGAGAAGUAGGAGGGUUAGAAGAUCUAAAGGUUGUGAUUGCUGUGGAGAAAAAUCACAACCUCAAGAAAAGUCACCCCUUGGGUUAACUAAUAGAGAAAAUUACAAUGUAAAGGUCAGUGAAACCACAAAGAUAGAUGUGCACAUGCCUCUGACUGUGUCAGAGACUUCUAAAGCUGAUAUCUACUCUGAGGUUAAACUUUUAGAUGAGCAUCAAAGUGUGAAUUUUUAUUUGGGUCUCAAAGAGGAGAAUGAUACUGUUAGUGAUUCAUUAAUUGUACCUGAAACUGAGUUGGAAGAAAAUAAUCAGUACUCUCUUCCUUCUGAAAUAAUAAAUUUCAAAGAAGAAGCUUGUGAUACGGAUUCUAAGAAAGCAGUAGCUAUUGAACGCCAAGAGCCAUCCAAUAAAAAAUGUAAAACUGUUGACCCAUGUUUAGGUGACUCCAAAGAUGAUAAUUCACUAGAAGGUUCUACUUUGGAGAUGAAAGGAGAGCCAGAGGCUACCCUGAAAAAGGACAUAAGUACAGAGAACAUUGUUAAUGUUGAAGCAGAUGCAUGUAAAGUAAAAGCAGAACUCAAUCCAGAAGAGGCGGAAGCUGUGGAAUUGGAUGUGGAAUGUGGUGAUAAAUCAGAAGUUAACUUCUCCGAACAAAAGAAUGCCAAUGCUGGUAUUUUUAAGGAAGAGGGAACAGAGGAAAAGAGGAAAAGAAGUGAUGAAUCUGAAGUAAGUGUAGCUGAAGUACUGAAUGGUGAAGAAAUAGUAAGUGAGGAAUUUAAUUCAGCCAUUGGUCAUCCUGAUAAUACCACACCUGUAAAAGUAGGAGCUCACAUAGAGGUUACUGAACAAACAGCAGUUGGGGGACUAGAUGGCAGAAACAGUGAACCUGAUACAGGCUCAUCUGAAAUGGAAAAUUGUGAAGAAAGAUCAGUUGGUGAGGUGAAUGCAGAAACUGACCAUAUUAGUAAAAUGGAGACCAGGAACUUGACUACAGAAGCAUCAAAGCCUGUAGAAGCGGAAACAAACAAAAUGAAUAUAGAAAUUGACAAUUUUGUUCCUAACACCCUUGAGACAAUCACUGAAGAAGGAAAGGUUAAUUCUAAUAACACUGAAGCAGACAUUGUACUUAAUAAACCAGAAGAAAUAAAAUUAGAUGACAGUCAAGUGAAAGUGGAAAAUGAUGGUGAAGUUUUACCGGAAGUUCACCGUAGUUCAGAGAAAGUGAAGGAAACAUCACAAUCGCUGACAUCUGAAAGAGCAAUCUCUGGACUGAUAACAGAAGACAAUAAUACAUCUCCUCAAAAAUUAAACGAAUUUGAUCCUUUCCUUUUGUCAGCAACUGACAGUCCUAGCAGUAUGCAGGCACGCUGUUUCUGGUCUCCUUCAGCUUCUCCGUCCAGCAGCAUUUUAAAGAGAGGACUAAAAAGACCCCAAGAAGAUGAGGUCUCAUCACCUAUGCCCAAGGUUCGCCGAGUCUCAUUUGCAGAUCCAAUAUAUCAAGCAGGAUUGGCAGAUGACAUUGAUCGGCGGUGUUCUGUUGUUAGGGCGCAUUCUUCAAAUAGUUCUCCCACAGUAAAAACUGCUAAAACUUCACCUACUGCACAGUCUAAGCAUAAUACUACUUCAAGCAAAGGAUUUCUGUUCCCAGGAUCACGUAGCCCUAAAUUUAAGAGCUCAAAGAAGUGUUUAAUUACAGAAAUGGCUAAAGAAUCCAUACCAUGCCCAACAGAAAGUAUUUACCCAGCUUUAGUGAACUGUAUGGCACCAGUUGACAUCAUUUUACCUCAGAUUACAUCAAACAUGUGGGCAAGAGGACUGGGACAACUCAUUAGAGCCAAGAAUAUAAGAACAAUUGGUGAUUUGAGUACUCUUACAGCAUCUGAAAUAAAAACUCUUCCUAUCCGUUCUCCAAAAGUGUCCAAUGUAAAAAAGGCUCUCAGAGUGUAUCAUGAGCAGCAGGUGAAGUCUCGUGGAUUAGAAGAGAUUCCAGUUUUUGAUAUUUCUGAGAAAAAUGUAAAUGGAACUGAAAAUAAACCUCUCUCUUCUGAUGAAGAAAGACUUGCUUCAGAUUUAAUUGAUCCUAUUGCUUUAGAGACUCCAUUAUGUAAAAAUCUUGUGGCACAGGUUAGUGCACUUGCUCUUCAGCUGGAUUCAGAGGAUCUUCAUAAUUACUCAGGAAGCCAGUUGUUCGAAAUGCACGAGAAACUUGGUAGCAUGGCAAACUCCAUAAUAAAAAAUCUGCAGUCACGUUGGAGGUCACCAGCCCAUGAUAAUGCUGUUUAGUAUUUUAAGAGAAAAUUUAAGGUUCUUUUUUAAUAUCACUGAGUUUCUUGAUUCAUAAAAAUUUUUUAAAUGUAGCAUAAUUUCAGACUGAACAUUUGCAAAGUUGGUAACAUUUUAGAACCUGAAGGGAGAUGGCUCAUGUUUAUUAUGUAAGGUCAUUUUUUUCUGUAGUAUGUAUUUUCUUGGCUGCUAUGCAUACUUUUUCAAACGUUUAAAUAUCUUAUUGAAAUGUGAAGGCAAAACUAGAAACAAGAAUACAUUUAUUGCAUUUAAACUCAUGCAUGUUCUGAUGACACAUUUUAUGUAAACCUUAUUUGAAGUAAAAUUGGAAAUUAUUUGGGUUUUUCCCCCUCAACUGAUAAAAGGUGUUUAUACUUGAUUUUUUUAUUUAUAUUUGUUGUGCCUGCGGUUUAAGAGAUUUGUUCUUGGUAAAACAUCUUAUGUCCUAUGUAAAAGAAUUAGAAUGCUUUCACAGAUGUCAACUUUGGACAACUUUCAAGAAAAAUACCAAAAGUUUCAGCUUCUGGGUUAAAGUAUUAGAGCAGAAUUUAUUUACUAAGAUACUCAUUUAUUUGCAUUAGCAAAUAUUUGUGCAGCAUCAUUUGCCUGUGAAAAUGUACUCAUGAGACAUAGUAUUCAUUUUAAAGUGCAUGACUACUUGUACAUUCUGUAUAAAUUACAGUGUUUUUAAUUUAUAAAUUUCAACUUUCAUUAAUUGUGUGACUUUCUGUAACUUCUUGUGAAUACCUUUGUUUUGUUUCAUAGAGACAUAUUUUGUAUAUAUUCAGUACUGAUAUAUCAGUAUGGGCUAUGGAAGUGCUUCAUGGACUUGCUGCAGGUGUUUGUAGGAUUCUGUAUUCCCAAAUAAAACAGCAAAUAGUUUUCUACUUAGUAAAUACUCUUAGUUAAAACAUGAGUUUAUUUUCUAAAGUAACCAGAACCGACUCAAGUGAUACAAAUAUGAGAAUGUUCCGUGACAAGUUUGCUACUUGUAUAUAUACUUUGUAUCCUUUUGGUUUGGAAGAGGGUGUCAGCCACUAGAAAGCAUGCCUCUUUACAUUUCUUUUUAAUGGAGAGUUAGGAUAUUUUCAUUAGAACUUGGAUUAUAAGAAAUGUCGAAUUUAUCUACUCUUUUCAUCCAUACCUAAAGCAAACUUGGAAGAAAUCUAAAACUCCUUUGAAAUAUGUAUGUUUUGCCUACUUUUAAAAAAUAAGCUGUAUGUAAUUAAAAAUUCAUAAAUUUUACUGACUAGAUUAGUGCCUGACUUCCCAUAUUUGUUUUGACUUUUAAAAUAAUGACAAUAUCUCUAAUUUAUUCUCUGAGUAGAAUGAAUGAGCAAUCUCAUUUUCAUACUGGAUUCAGAGCUAGCCCCUACUUGAAAAUGCACACAGUAUUCAAGUUAUAGAAGGUUUAAUCCUUGUGUCUCAUUUAGCUCCUAUAUUCAGAAGGGGACCAUCAUCCAUCCACAAUAAAGGUUAGCGUUUUUUGUCAUCGUAAAUCCAUUAUCAUUACAAAUAUUUUGGAAUCUAACUUUGAUAAUUACAUACCAAGGAUGGGUUUAAAAGCAAUUCUAGGACCAUUGAACUGAGGAUUGUAACUUGAAGAAGUAACUAAUGAAAAAUGAGAAUAUUUUUAACAAUUAUAAUUGCAGCUUAUAUUGUCUGUUAUUGCACAAAUAAUGUAUGACAGUAAAGAGGCAUAUAAGUUUUUAGUGGACAAGUGUAUAUGUGUGUUUGGAGGAGUCAGUUAUUUCAUGACUGCAUAUUUUAAUAUUUGUGUGAACCUGACUUACUUGGUGUUAGAAUGAAGGUCUUGGGAAAUGAACAGUAUAGCAGAAAACUGUACCAAAAUGAUUAACAUUUAUCAUUUAUUAUUUAGAUCAUUGAAUUUGAUACAGUCACAGAUAUUAAUUGAAAAACAUUGUCAUUCAACAAGGAUAUAUUUUAAAAUACUUGAGGGCAAAAACUGUUAGCUAAGUCUUUAUCAUUGAUAUAAAUGUAUCUUUGAGGAACUUUAUUUUCAAUAUUCCUGCCUUAAAAUUUUCUGCAAAUUUUUCCCUGGGUGAUUUCUGGAUAGCAAAAUGCACUAAUGUUCCUUGAUUAGCUCCAUUGUGUUGUUUCACUAUUAAAGUGAAAUCAGCUUUUUCAAAUAUUUUCUAAUGGUUAAUAAAACAAACGACAAAUAUUCAUAACACUCAGAUGUGAUCUCUUAUUAUGCAUUUAUGAAAAGAAUCUAAUUGCAUGCAGAAGCAUAGUAUAAUUUUUUAUGUUCCAAAGUAGAUUUCGUAGUAGAUUUAAAUUUUCACUAUUUUAAUGAGCCUAUCAAAAAUUCCCUGCUAUUUGAACAAGUUUGAAAAGCCAUUGUUGAACAGUGUGUGGCUUUUGCUAUUCGAUACAGUAAGGGAUUAGUCAGGUUAAGUAAUCAUGCUUUGGAUAAUACUACAAAAAAUAAGAUUUAAAUCUGAACACUAAGAGAGCAUGGGAAUUCAUGACGUUGCCCAUGGAUUUAUUUUUAUUUUUAUUUUUAUUUUUAUUUUUAUUUUUGUACAGCUUGAAGAUAGUUGGGGAAUUCUGUAUAUUAAAGAAUCAUGACUGCUAAGAAAGUUAGCUUGUAUAUUGCUUAAAAUUAAAAUGGCAGAGCAGAAAACAAAAUUAGGGGAAAAUAGGUGUACAAAGUAUACAAGUAGAAUUUUUUUUUUAAGGUAAAGGAAAGACUAAAACUGUAAGUGCUGUUUAAAAAGCUGGGUUAGUGAAAAUUUAACAGAAGAGGAGUGGGUCAUGUUUUCCUUCAAUGCCAUGUCUUCCAAUUUUGACUUGGUAGUCUAGUAAGAAAGGCCUAGGUUCCAUUUCAUAUUCUUCAUUAUCAACUUUUUAGGGAGAUCAGUUGUAAAUGUUAUUAGGUUAAGACUUGAGUACGAGGGAAGGAGCUAUUUGCUCAUUUAUACAACGCAUGUCCUAUUUAUUCUCAAGCCUUUAGAAACGUCUUGUGUUUUUUAUACAAACAGAAGUUUUUACUUUUAACACAGUGCUUCUCAAACUUGCAUUAAUGUGUGAAAAUGGUGAUUCUGAUUCAGUAGGUCUGUGGUGGAGCCUGAUGAUUCAUUUCAAAAAACCUAACAUGACCCAUACAAAAUACUGAUGUCUACAGAUUAUACUUGUAGGUAGACUGAAGAAGCAUUCAGCUGUGAGUUCGGUUUUGAUAGCCCAAGCACAUUUAAGUUCUUAGAAUUAUUGCCACAAAAAAUAAAAGCUAGUCCUUUUUUUUUAAAAAAAAACUUUUUCAAAUUUAUGAAUUGGAGACGGAGAAGACUGGUCUUGAAUACUUCAGUUUAAAG